GCCGGCAUGGUGAGCUGAGCACUCGUCAGCCCAUGCUAAGCUAAGAGAGUCCCACACUAUCCCCCCAUGGACCCAGCGAAGCUCGCCGCUUUCCUUGCCGUCGCCGUCGUCGUCUGCGCUGUUGCCGCCGCACCGGCUACGGCGGAUUAUUACUCCGGCGGCGGCGGCGGCGGCGGCGCGCCCGCCCCAGAGAGCUGCCAGACGCAAAUCACGUACUUCACCAACUGCCUGGCCCGUUCGGAGAUCCGCGGGCAGUGCUGCAGCGUGGUCGAGAGCCGCAAGUGCCUCUGCCAGCUGAAGCGGGAGGUGGCGCUGCCCUGUAGUCUGCAUCGCCACCAUGGACGCAAAUGCUCCAAGGAUGAGCAGGCUCCACCGUCGGUGAAGCUGGCCGAGCUGCAGCGCCUCCCAUGCUUCAAGACACUCAAGUGCUAGUAGCAACCGCGCGUUUCCAGCUCGUAUUUUUUUGUUUUCGUGUACGUGUGUGCUUUUUGUUUCACAUUGUUCACUUGUUACUGUUCUAUCCUUUCGGCUUGCCAUGGAUAUGAUGUACCUGAGUUUGGUUCGUUGAGACAAUUUCUUAUGGCGUGUUUGGUCCGUGGAGUCACCCUAUAUAUAUAUAUACACUUUAUGAGGUGAUGUAUCGUGAGUUUAUCUUA